GGACACUGUCUCGUGCAUGUUCGCUACCCUUGUGCCAACCCGUAAACAGUACACCGAAAACAAUUUAGUUAAACAGUUGUUUUAAAGUAUAGACAUUAUCUAUAAAAACGUACGAUGAAUUUUGCAAGCCUCUGCUUAGGUGUGUUCCUCUACAGCCUUUCGGCCGUGAUAGACUGUGCUAUCGUAGAAGGCAAUAAGACACCAGGGGAAUUGCAAAGACAAUCAACUCGCAUCGGACGCAAACUGCUUGCAACAGCGGAUUAUCCUACCUUCCCGGUGGUUCCACCAACGGCAUUUAGAUGCAGCCCGGGCAAUCCAGGUUACUUCGCCGAUACCGAAGGACUGUGUCAGGUGUUCCACCUAUGUCAGAUAGACGGUCGCCACGAUAGUUUCCUCUGCCCAAACGGGACUCUAUUUAAUCAAAAACAUUUCGUGUGCGACUGGUGGUACAAUGUGGAUUGCGCCGCCGCUCCUUCGCUGUACAUUCUAAACGAAGUAUUCCGACAGCAGCAUCUAUCUGGCCGGGAACAGGCCAACGUGCAUCCGCACAGUGUCAACAAAUUUGUCAAUCCCGAAGCGUCGAUACAAAGUUACGACGUUCCGUCCACUAUCUCAGCCGCCAGACCUGAAACCAUCGCCAGCACCAACCGCAACCAGCAAGCAGUUACGGCAACGAUCGCUAGAGGGCAGUCACCUACAGUAAGCCAUCAACAGUAUUCAACGCAAUUCGUGAACGUCGGAGACAAAUACGGAUCGAAAAUCCCGGGCGUGAACCGAAUGGGUGGCCUCGACACGGUGUUGCUUCAAAAUCAAAUCAUCAAUCGCGAAAGAGAUGAUUCCACAGCACCUGUAACAACACAACAAGUCCUACUGGAAUUUACGGAGGCGACGCCAACCACCACCGAGCCAUUUAACGAGGACCAAUUCGGCUCUCAUUUAAAGUUACAGUUGGGAGUUGAAGAAGAGCUGACCGUCAUCCCGGUCACGACCAACGCAGCAUUUUUCAGCGAAAACAAUAAUGUGGGCGCCACGUUUCUAACUUUGCCAAACAAGGACUCGUUGGUGAAACCCGGAGAAAAGUUGGCGGAAUCAUCGGACGCUGCAGUCGAGUCAGUUCACAGUAUCCUGACGGAGAACGAUCAAUUGAACGAGGAGUUGUCUACGUUCCAGCCUAAUCUAGCGGACGUUCAAACUUCAGCUGUUGUUGUCACGUUAAAUUCCCUGUCUGAACGGGAUUUCGACGAUGAGUACAGGACGACCACUCCGCUAACUAGUCCCACCACUGAUCUAGCAGCUCAUUUUCUCCAAGUUCCCACCAAUGCGACGGAAGAGUCAACAGAGGACAUUGCGUCGAUAAAUAAAGUCAACACCGCCAACGCAGCUGUGGAUUUCAGCGAAUCAAACUUUGUGACUGGAUUAGAAGCCACGACUUUUCCAACAAUUUCGUUCAACACGGACGACGUGCAAACGCUGCCAGAAGUAAAGACAACAACGGCACCAGCUUUAAUAGAACCUCCCAUCGUUGAGGGCCUGAAUUUCAACGUCAUCGCCGAUUCUCAACCUCUCGAUUUAGAAACUGAAAUCACAGACGACAGCGUCACAACUGUCUUGCCUGAUGUUAAUAUCCAGCAAGUUUUUGCAUCGGCGUUUGCUGAAAGUUCCAGCGGAGAUGAUAACAUUAAUGCUAGUUUCAGCAACAGCAGCAGUCAUUUUGCAUUAACUACGGAGACAAUUAGCGAAUCCACUACAUCCCCCAACACGGAAGCAACGCCGGAAUUAUCGACGACGGUUGCAUCUAUAAAGGGCGAUGGCGCAGUCGCUUCAUCUUUGAUCGCUAACUCCGACGGAAAGAAAACUCUUUACGAAAAGCUAAAACCAGUGAUAGUCGGAGACGAUCGGCCUAACAUCCCAGCCAUCUAUGGAAGAAAAAUUCCGAGAAUCGGCAACAAACUCGCCAAGUUUAUCGUAAAUUAACAAGUCUAAUGUAUUAUCCUACAAAUCAAGUUAACAUGACAUAAAUAUAAUAGAUAUAUAUAUAUUA